AUGAGCUACCUCUCUCCACUUCCGCAUCGCUUGAGCAUUCGUUCAAGACCAAGGGCACCCGUUCUGACUCGCUCCUUCAGCGAAUCAGCCCUUGUGGAUCUUUGCGCAGUGCCGGUGAUUCACCCCCGUCGCGAAGUUCCCAGUCGGCGAAUCUUUCGCGACCGCGAUCCAGCCUUCGUUCACUAUCAGAUUCAGGUGGGCACCCGUCGUGUACCCCUGGCGGACUUGAACUACAUAAGACAUCAUCCGGAGAGACUUCAGGAACAGCGCCGAUGGACAGUGCGCAGCUACUCUACACCUCGCAUGGGCUUCGUCCGAUCGCAAACGACCAACAGAUACUCCCGGCACACCUACGAGAUGGAGGUAUGA